AAUAAAAGAAAAAGCAUGUCUAAGUUUUCUUCUAUUCAAAUUUCGAAUUGAUGAUUAGAUUUAGAGCAUAUAAAGAUAAACAUACCGCCUUAUCUACAGUAAACAAAACAAAAAAGACAAUCAUGAUUGCUAAAGAUUUGCAUUCAAAUUCAUUGAAUUCCCUAUUACAUGCCAAAAUGUAGCAACAAACAUGUCCCUAUUUAUACCCAAGAUUCCAUGCCAAAAUAACACAAACACAUGAAGAAAAAAAAUUAUCAUAUUCAUCAAAAAUAGAAAACUAUCACAAUGAACUCAACACAAUGUCACAUUAAUAAUCUUCAUUUCAUAUUCAUUCCCUUAAUGGCCCCUGGUCAUCUUCUUCCAAUGGUAGAUAUGGCAAAGUUACUAGCACGUCGCAAAGUUAAGGUAACAAUAAUCACCACACCCCUUAAUUCCAUUCAAUUCAAAUCAAGCAUAGAUAGAGAGAUUCAAUUAGGAUCACAAAUUCAAAUUCUUCACAUUAAAUUUCCAAAUGUAGAGUCAGGAAUCCCUGAGGGAUGUGAAAGUGUUGACACUUUACCUUCAAUGGAUUUAAUGUCUAAUUUUUACAUAGCUUUAUGUAAACUGAAAAGUCCACUAGAAAAUAUUUUUGAAAAUUUAAGACCGGUUCCUAGUUGUGUGAUUUCAGAUAAACACAUUUCGUGUGUAGCGGAAAUUGCAAUAAAAUUCAAAGUUCCGAGAAUUAUAUUCGACGGGACUAAUUGUUUUCAUUUAUUGUGCAAUCAUAAUUUGCGCAAUUUAAAAGGUAGUAUUCCUAAUGAAGGAAAAUUUGUUGUUCCGGGAAUGCCAGAUCAAAUUGAAUUGAGAAAAUGUCAGCUUCCUGGACUGUUUAAUCCUGGGGAAAAUAAAAAGUUAAAUAGUUUUCGCGAAGAAGUAAGGGAAAUAGAAAAAUAUUCAUAUGGUAUAGUCGUUAAUAGUUUUGAAGAAUUGGAAGAAGAAUAUGUUAAAGAAUAUAAAAGAGUAAGUGGUUAUAAAGUAUGGUGUGUUGGUCCUGUUUCAUUAUGUAACAAUGAUAAGUUGGAUAAAGUUGAAAGAGGUAAAAAAAUAAUAAACUCAAAUGAUGAAAGUGAAAAUAAAAUUCUCAAUUGGCUUGAUUUAUGGCCUUCAAAUUCAGUUAUUUAUGUUUGUCUUGGUAGUUUAAACCGUGCAACACCUCAACAAUUGAAAGAGGUAGGGUUAGGAUUAGAGGCAACAAAAAGGCCAUUUAUUUGGGUGUUGAGGGGUGCAUAUGGAAAAGAUGAAAUGGAUAAGUGGUUAAUUGAAGAAGGGUUUGAGGAAAGGGUGAAAGAUAGAGGGUUUUUGAUAAAGGGUUGGGCACCACAAGUGUUGAUUUUGUCACACAAAGCAAUAGGUGUUUUUUUGACACAUUGUGGAUGGAAUUCAACAUUAGAAGGUAUUUGUGGUGGGGUGCCUUUAGUAACUUUUCCUAUGUUUGCUGAGCAAUUUUAUAAUGAGAAAGUUGUGGUGCAAGUUGUGAAGAAUGGUGUGAGUUUGGGAGCACAAAGUGCUGUGCAUUUAGGAGAGGAAGAAAAGUGUGUUGUGGUUAAGAAGGAAAAUGUUAGAUUUGCUAUUGAGAAGGUGAUGGGUGAAGAUGAAGAAAAUGAAAAGAUUAGGGAAAGUGCUAGAAAAUAUGGUGAUCUUGCAAAGGAAGCAUUAGAAGAAGGUGGCUCUUCUUAUCACAACAUGACUCAACUAAUUGAAGAUAUAAUGCAUGUCCAAGGUUUAUGUUAACCUAGGUUAGAGAACAAAGCUAUGAAGGCCAAGUGAAAGCAAAUAAAUAAGUGAUGAUGUAUUGAUGUUGUUUUUGUUUUAUUACCUUCAUGCAUGUUAGAAUCAGAAACUUUUGGGGUUAUUGGAAACAACUUUUUCCCUCUAUUCUUGUAUAUUUUUGAGUAUUUAUUUUUUUUAUUUAUCUACUCUUGUACAAUGUAAAAUAUUUAAUUUAUAUUUUAAAAAAAUAUAUAAUUUAGU